AUAAAAUGCGUGUCCCCGCGGCGGGGAGGGCGCAGUGAGCGGCGCGGCGGCUGAGGAGCGGUUCGCGGUAGCACUACAGCGUAGAGGAUUCGGCGCGCAGCGCUACCGGCACCGGCGCUUGCUUUUCUUCCUACCGGUAAGUGAGGAAAAAUGGCCCGUACAAAGCAGACCGCCCGCAAGUCCACUGGGGGGAAGGCGCCGCGCAAGCAGCUGGCCACGAAGGCGGCCCGGAAAAGCGCCCCCUCUACCGGCGGCGUCAAGAAGCCUCACCGCUACAGGCCAGGAACCGUCGCGCUCCGUGAGAUUCGUCGUUACCAGAAAUCCACGGAGCUGCUGAUCCGCAAGCUGCCCUUCCAGCGGCUGGUCAGGGAAAUCGCCCAAGAUUUCAAAACAGAUUUGAGGUUCCAGAGUGCGGCCAUCGGUGCGCUGCAGGAGGCCAGCGAGGCAUACCUGGUGGGUCUGUUUGAAGACACAAACCUGUGUGCUAUCCAUGCCAAGAGAGUCACCAUCAUGCCCAAAGAUAUCCAGUUGGCUCGCAGGAUACGGGGAGAGAGGGCUUAAGUGAAGGCUGUUUUUAUGGUGUUUUGUAGUUAAUUCUGUAAAAUACUUUGGUUUUAAUUUGUGACUUUUUUGUAAGAAAUUGUUUAUAAUAUGUUGCAUUUGUACUUAAGUCAUUCCAUCUUUCACUCAGGAUGAAUGCUAAAAGUGACUGUUCACAUAAACCUCAGUGAUGUUGAGCCUCAGGCUCAGGAGUGACAAGUUGCUAAUAUGCAGAAGGGAUGGGUGUUCUUUCUUGCUUCUCAUGCAUGUUUCUGUAUGUUAAUGACUUGUUGGGUAGAUAAACUUGUAAGGUACUAGAAUUGAUAUAAAUGUGUACAGGGUCCUUUUGCAAUAAAACUGGUUAUGACUUGA